AUGCUUACAUCAGCUGUGGAGGGCUUUGACAGAGGGGAUUGAUGGUUUGGACACAGGGUCCAGUUGGCAGACAUGGUGAGGCACAGCAUGAUGACAGAGCUGCAAACCUUCCAGCACUCUCUCCAGGGUAACUCCCUGGCUGUGGGCCAGGUGGGGCAGAGUUGUGGGGGAACUCAGGAGAACGGGGUUGCUUCAGUGGAGAGACAGCACCUUUCCCAGGGCCCAGCAGAAAUUGAGAAAAGCCAGCCAGUGAACAUCCCAGAUGCAGCUAAAAGAAAAAAGAAGAAAAGAACAAGAGCGACAGACAGCUCCACAGGCACCUUUGAUGAUCUCUACAAAUUGACAGAUGAGGUGCUCGGUCAGGGGGCCUAUGCUAAAGUUCAAGGAUGCAUAAGUCUGCAGAAUGGACAAGAGUUUGCUGUGAAGAUCAUAGAAAAGAGUGCAGGACACAGCCGCAGCAGGGUCUUUCGUGAAGUGGAGACUCUCUACCAGUGUCAAGGAAACAACAACAUUUUGGAAUUGAUCCAGUUCUUUGAGGACAGCUCCUGCUUUUAUUUGGUGUUUGAAAAGCUGCGUGGUGGCUCCAUUCUUACACACAUCCAGAACCGGAAGCACUUCGAUGAACUGGAGGCCAGUAAGGUGGUUAGGGACAUUGCCCAGGCUCUUGACUUCUUACACACUAAAGGCAUUGCCCAUAGAGACCUUAAGCUGGAGAACAUCCUUUGUGAAUACACAGAUUGGGUGUCCCCAGUAAAGAUCUGUGAUUUUGACUUGGGAAGUGGAGUGAAGCUCAGCAGUGCCUGUACGCCCAUAACAACUCCAGAGCUCACCACACCGUGUGGCUCAGCAGAGUACAUGGCUCCGGAAGUAGUUGAAGUGUUCACUGAUGAAGCCUCCUUCUACGACAAACGCUGUGACCUUUGGAGUCUUGGAGUCAUCCUCUACAUCCUGCUGAGUGGCAGCCCCCCUUUCACUGGUCACUGUGGCACCGACUGCGGCUGGGACCGGGGAGAAACCUGCAGAACCUGCCAGAGUAACCUGUUCGAAAGCAUCCAGCAGGGCAAGUAUGAAUUUCCCGACAAGGACUGGGAUCACAUCACAGAGGGGGCCAAGGAUCUUAUAUCCAAGCUGUUGGUUCGGGACGCGACUCUGCGCCUCAGCGCUGCUCAGGUCCUCAAGCACCCCUGGGUGCAGGGGAACGCUCCAGAGAGAGGUCUUCCAACUCCUCGUGUUCUGCAGAGGAACAGCAGCACCAAAGACCUGACCCAGUUUGCAGCAGAAGCCAUCGCCUUUAAUCGGCAGCUAUCCCAGCACGACGAGCAGCAGGAGGACGUCGGCGCCAUCGUCUGCUCAAUGAGGCUUUCUCCUCCUUCCAACUCCAGACUGGCCCGCAGACGGGCUCAGUCCAACGCCCUGCGGACCAGGGACUUCGCACCUGCAUCGGACGACCUCACAGCCUGAAGGACCAGUAUAAGUCCGCUCAUCGUGUUUUCUGACUGAUUUCAGCCUCUGCGUGCUCCUUGUGUGUGUGCUUUUGUUUUCACAAGGAGUGUUGUAGAGGCGACCACACAGUAGCGACUAACUGUUCUUGGUGUCAAAGUUUUUUUUACAUGGCCAGUAAAUUUAUCAGCAAAACAAAGUUUGAGCACCAAAGAGGGCAGUUAAUCAGCUUCCGCCUCCUAAUUUUAAACAGAUCUGAAGCUCCUGAGAUUUUUCCAGGAAACAAUUUAAGCUAGUUUUAAACAAGGACUGCUUAAUUUGAGAAAAGCUUUGGGCUUAUUUUUACAGUUAGUCUUAAUAAUAAUGAUGAUAAUAAAUAAGUCCAUAUUUAUUUUCUGUUCCAUUAUGAUAAAAUUUACAGUGAUCCCAAUACAGCUCUUAAUGCCAGCAGUUUAUAUUAAAUAUCUAAUCAGCACAUAUCAUUAUCAACACAGCAUUACACGGGUUUAGCACGGUUUUGCAACUGUUGCUGUCCCAAUGCAAUAUUAGUUUUGAUAGAUUUUAGUUUUACUUGUUGUCCAACUGGGAAUUGGUUUAUGUUUUAUGUACUUACUGCUUCUUGGUCACUGGAGGAAAAGGUUGAGUUCUCUCUUAUUUUUACUUUUAUCGAGCCAGUCAGUGUAUGUGAUUAGAUGUGUGUAGAUGUAUGUUGUUUCAGUUAUAAAGCAAGAUACACUUAAAGGACACUGUCCAUCUCUGAAAACGGACAUUUCUCCAUUUUACCUUUUUAAGUCAUUCUUGUUGAGGCUGUGUAGAACUUACAGGAAGUGCAGGAACGUGAAUGGAUGAGGUUAGAGAAGACCCUUUGAUCAAAAAGUUGUUUUUUUAAAUUUUUAUUUCUAGCUUUCACUUAAACACAAGCUACCUGUAGCACUGAUGUACUUUAAAACAAGUCACCUCUUUAAUUUAUCUGAAAGGGAGAAUGUUGUAUCGAAAAUAAUCGGUUUGGUCUAACAAUGUGAAAUCAACACCUUCAGUAAUAUUUAUUUUUUAAGAGGUUAACUUUUUUAAACUCAUCAGAGUCAAACAUUACCUCAGGCUCUUAUUUGAUUUGAUUUGAUUUUUUGCACAUUUUUAUUGUACCAAUGUUACACCAACCCAAAAAGAUUUUCUUAGUUUCUUA